AUGAGGAAGGCAGAGUCGAGGUUCUUUCUAUUGUGGAGGAGGUUGGACGCAAGGUUAUCUCCCCAAGGGAAGAAGGUAUACGAGGUUGGACGCAAGAUAACAUUGCGCUGGGAGAAUCUAACCAUCUUUUUAGGAUACGAUCCGGUUGAAUGUAAACACAAAGUAAUGUGCAUGCCUUUUAGAAGAAGCUCUGAUGUGUGUCGGAUGUUAACAUUGGGAUCUGCUCAAGAAAAAUGGAGAUCAGUAAAAACUAAACCUACACAUCGUUCUGACAGUCAUACUUCGGGGCGAUGCAUCAAGGGGGUUAUAUAUUAUAUAGCCUAUGUUUAUCGUACCAGUGUUUGGGUUAUAAUGAGCUUUGACGUCAGAUCUGAAAAGUUUGGUAUGAUUCAGUUACCAUCAGAUGUUAUGAUGAAUCGGAUCAUAGCUUACGAAGGGAGGAUAGCUUUUGUUAGAAGAGAGACUAAGAAGGAUGCUAAAAUGACAUUGCGCAUUUUGGAAUAUGCGGAGAAAGUUAAGUGGUCGAGUAAAGGCUUUCUUGCACCUAUUUGGUACAGAGAUGAGAGUUUGAAUACUUCUUUGUACGUAAGAGGUAUCACUCAUGCUGGUGAGUUUAUUGAUGUACCUGACACGUAUCACAAGCCGUCUUAUAUAUUAUUUUGUGAUCCGGUGAGGAGCAGCUUCAGAAGAUUCGAACUUGGAGGAAUCAUGGAAGACAAAGCUGUGGUCAAUACUUUAUAUUUUCACAAGCUCCAUGCUUUCCCGAAUCACUUUGAGAAUCAAAUGUCUUUGUAA